AUUUGACAUUCAGGGAUGUGGCCAUAGAGUUCUCUCAGGAGGAGUGGAAGUGCCUGGACCCUGCUCAGAGGGCUUUGUACAGGGCUGUGAUGUUGGAGAACUACAGGAACCUGGUCUCCCUGGCAGGAAUCUUCUUUCCUGACCUGACUGUUCACUCCAUUUGGGAGGAAGGGAAUGAGCCCUGGUCUGUGGAGCAUGAAGUGAAAACAGCCACAAAUUCAAUCCAGGGUGAAUGGAUCAAAGAUGUGCACUCAGGGAGGAGUUGUGUAUUGACAAUGGAAGAAAGAUACAAACUUAUUAAAUAUCAACAUGGAUUAGGCUUUCACUCCCAUCUUCCUGAACAGCAGCUAUUUCAAGAUGAAGGGAAAAUUGAUAAAUGCAAUGAAGUUGAAAACCGUCUCAUCCAUAUUACUGCAUGUUCACCACUUGAAAACACUUUUUCUAAGUUCAAAAUCCACAUGCUUAAUAAAUAUCAGAAUGAUUUUGUCCAUUCUCCAGUAGUCACACAAGAACUGAACACACAUAUUAGGGAAGAACCUUACACAUAUAAUGAGUGUGGUGAAGCCUUUAGUGUGUCUUCAAGCCCUCCUAACCAUGGGGUAGUUCAUACUGGAAAGAAACCUGUAAAAUGUGAAAAGUGUGGCAAGGCCUUCAGGAAACAUUCAGAGUUUGUACAACAUGGGAGAAUCCAUACUGGGGAGAAACCUUAUAGAUGUAAUGAGUAUGGCAAGGCUUUUAUUCACAGUUCACACCUUGUAAAACAUGCAGUUGUUCAUACUGCAGAGAAACCUUACAAAUGCAAUGAGUGUGGCAAGGUCUUCCGUCGUGAAUCAAGCCUUAAAAAUCAUCACACGAUCCACUUGGGAGAGAAACCUUACAAGUGUAAUGAAUGUGGCAAGGCCUUCAGACAGAAGAUAGGCCUUACUGUUCACCAGAUAAUACAUUCUGGAGAGAAACCUUACAAAUGUAAUGAGUGUGGCAAGGUCUUCCGUCGUAAAUCAAACCUGAAAAAUCAUCAUAAAAUCCAUACAGGAGAGAAACCUUACAAAUGUAAUGAAUGUGAUAAAGCCUUCAGUGAAAAGUCGUCCCUUACACGUCACCAGCAAAUUCAUACUGGAGAGAAACCGUACAGUUGUAAUGAGUGUGGCAAGGUCUUCUGUCAACAAUCAGCCCUUAAAAUUCAUCACAGAAUCCAUACUGGAGGGAAACCUUACAAAUGUAAUGAGUGUGGCAAGGUCUUCCGUCGUAAAUCAAACCUGAAAAAUCAUCAUAAAAUCCAUACAGGAGAGAAACCUUACAAAUGUAAUGAAUGUGAUAAAGCCUUCAGUGAAAAGUCGUCCCUUACACGUCACCAGCAAAUUCAUACUGGAGAGAAACCGUACAGUUGUAAUGAGUGUGGCAAGGUCUUCUGUCAACAAUCAGCCCUUAAAAUUCAUCACAGAAUCCAUACUGGAGGGAAACCUUACAAAUGUAAUGAGUGUGGCAAGAUCUUCUGCCAGCAGUCAACCUUUAAAACCCAUCAGAGAAUCCACACUGGAGAGAAACCAUACAAAUGUAAUGAGUGUGGCAAGACCUUUAUUUACAGUUCACACCUUGUAAAACAUGAGAAUGUUCAUACUGUAGAGAAAAUAUACACAUGCAAUGAGUGUGACAAGGUCUUCUGUUACAAAUCAAAUGUUAAAAAUCAUCACACAACUCACGUGGGAGAGAAACCUUGCAAAUGCUAUGAAGAUGGCAAAAAAUUUAAUUGGUCUUCAAGGCUUCCUAUACAUCAGGCUAUGCAUAACGCAGAUAAACCUUACAAAUGUGAUGACUGUGGGAAGGUUUUCAGGCAUAAAUUAUCCCUAACAGUUCAUCUGAGAAUUCACACUGGAGAGAACCUGUACAAGUGUAAUGAAUGUGGAAAGGCCUUCAGUCAGAAAAUAUCCCUUAUUGUUCAUCAGAAAACACAUACUGGAGAAAAACCUUACAAAUGCAAUGAGUGUGGCAAAGUCUUCCGUUAUAAAUCAAACCUUAAAAACCAUCACACAAUGCAUUUGGGAGAGAAACCUUACAAGUGUAAUGAAUGUGGCAAGGCCUUUAGACAGAAGAUAUACCAUACUGUUCAUCUGAGAAUUCACACUGGAGAGAAACCUUACAAAUGUAAUGAAUGUGGGAAAGUCUUCAGUCAGAAAAUAUCCCUUAAGGUUCAUCAGAAAACACAUACUGGAGAGAAACCUUACAAAUGCAAUGAGUGUGGCAAGGUCUUCUGUCGUAAAUCAAACCUUAAAAAUCAUCACACAAUCCAUUUGGGAGAGAAACCUUACAAGUGUAAUGAAUGUGGCAAGGCCUUCAGGGAGAAAACAGGCCUUACUGUGCAUCAGAAAAUACAUUCUGGAGAGAAACCUUACAAAUGUAAUGAGUGUGGCAAGGUCUUCUGUCAUAAAUCUAACCUUAAAAAUCAUCAUAAAAUCCAUACAGGAGAGAAACCUUACAAAUGUAGUGAGUGUGGCAAGGUCUUCUGUCGUAAAUCAAGCCUUAAAAAUCAUUACACCAUCCAUUUGGGAGAGAAACCUUACAAAUGUAAUGAAUGUGGCAAGGCUUUCAGACAGAAGAUAGGCCUUACUGUUCACCAGAUAAUACAUUCUGGAGAGAAACCUUACAAAUGUAAUGAGUGUGGCAAGGUCUUCCGUCCCUUCAGUGAAAAGUCAUACCUUACAUGUCACCAGCGAAUUCAUACUGGAGAGAAACCAUACAAAUGUAAUGACUGUGGCAAGCUCUUCUGUCACAAAUCUAACCUUAAAAAUCAUCAUAAAAUCCAUACAGGAGAGAAACCUUACAAAUGUAAUGAAUGUGACAAGACCUUCAGAGAAAAAACAUCCCUUACACAUCACCAGCGAAUUCAUACUGGAGAGAAACCAUACAAAUGUAAUGAGUGCGGCAAGGCCUUCAGUUUAAAAUUAUCCCUUAAAAGUCAUCAAAGAACCCACACUGGAGAGAAACCUUACCAAUGUAAUGUAUGUGGUAAGGUCUUUAGCCACUUUUCAUCCCUUGUACACCAUCAGAGAACUCAUUUGUGAGAGACUGCAAACUCUUGGAGGGUGGCAAGCCUUCAUUAUAAAUUUUACCAUUAAUUAGUGUCACAGAGUAAGCUAAAGAGAAAUGAAGUGUAAUGUGUGUGGCUUUAUCCAGGCCUAACCACUCACUACUCACCUAAAGGUACAUCUUUAAUAAAACUACAUAAAUGAAAUGUUUAUCAUGUGGCUAAUACCCAAAGACCAUUACUUUGGAAGUCAGAGUUUGCACAAGAAAUAAAUCAGUCUCUAGUUCUCCAGUAUUUAAUGUCUGAUGUUACAUGGUGAAGAGUAACUAUAAACCAAAGUUCACUGACUGGCAUGACAUGACACUUAACCAUGACCACUUACCAUGUAAGGACAUAUGGACAUGGUCAGUGAUACUUAGGUUAUUAUUUGAGGUUCAUUAUUUCAUUA